GGUGGGAGCGUGGCUCCCGGACCACGGCGUUGGAACGCCACGGGACGCCACGGAAGAGGCGAGGUUACCUGUGGGUGUGUGGUGUUGCGGUGCCUGUCCCGCAUAGCCCCGACGCCUCCGCUCGCUGGACUACCCUUUUGAGGGGCGCGAGGCGGAGCGCUGUGGCCCUUAAUCCGCGGCCGGAAGGGCGGCGACUUGCAUUUGAGCCCAAGGAAGAAGGCGAGGCCUCCACAAAGCCCAGCUGUCCGAGGUAACCAAGAAGCAGCUCUCUUUCGGCGUCGGCUCCGGAGCCCCCGAAAGCCGCCGGCUGCAGCUCGUUGCCGCUUCAAGGCGGUUGGAGGCGAGGCAGCCAUUUUUCGUGGUCGGGCGGCCCGAGCCUGCGGCGCGACUUUGGGAAGGCCGGCGGUCAGGCUACGCAGGUCACUCGUUCUGCGCAGAUAGCCCUGGGCCUGCGGCUGGAGCCCACUCGGACACUGCCCGCUUGCACAGUGCUCAAGAGGGCCUCCCCGCUGUCCGGAUGCGGGGCGAGCAGUAAUGUCCAUUUUCCCGCCACUGCUGGCGUUUCCUUUGCGGGCUGAUGUGACCGCGGGAGAGCCGCAGUUCAACGUCAGGAAGAUCAGCUUCUGCUGAUGCAAAAGCGUAGGACCUGUCUCCGUGCCCCCUGAGCCCGGGUGGGCAACAAGGAGGCGGCAGUUUGUGAAUACCGUGGCAUCUCGGACAGAAUCUCGGUGCCGGUUCUACUGCAUCACCUCAGGGAGAGGGGCGCACGAAACUCUCCUCAGCCUCCCUUAGAACUCUAAUAGACCCUUAAAUGUAAAGUCAGAAAGGUCAUCAACUGCUAUUCUCUCCUUUUCUGCGAAUUCAUAUUUGGAUAAACAUUUUGUAAAGAAAAGUCGGCUCAAUUUUUUCUAGUUCAAGUAAACAGAAAUUUAAAAAUACAGGCAUAAAUCUUCUGUGUAGUGUCUUUUAUACGUCUUGCAAAGAAGUGCCAAAGAAGAAAGUUGAGCAUCUAGUUACUAAAUUGCUUUCUGAGAAGAAAAUUCUACUUUUUCCCUAAUUCUUUUUCUUCUAUUCUGACCUCGCUGUUUCAGAGCUCUUUUGCCAGUGUCAUACAAGGAAAGGAGAACCUCAAGUGUUCCACAAAGUGAAAUCUUCCAUCAUCAAAAGAGGAUGAAAUGUCAUAGAAGUUUGUACACUCUUUUUAAAGCAGAAGACUAGGAUGAUAUGCUAAAAUGCAAAAUCAUCAAUUGACAUUUAUCUUCAAUGAGUUGUGCUGUAGAUCAACUGAAUAAUAUAAAGAAAAGGAGAGAAACAAAGGUGUAGCAGUUGAUUUUAAAGGUGCCUUAGGAAGAAGAUACUUUUAUUGAUUUUAUUUCAGACCAGACUGGGCCUCAGUUGUCAAAGGUGAUACUGGUGGUGUGUCCAACACAGGAGAAAACGUCCAGGCAGAAUGAUGAUGGUAGAUUUGAAGGUGCCUGAGCAUUUGAACCCUCAGAUCAGAGCUCUGUGGGACAUCAAGGGACCUGUGGCAGAGAGCUCCACUCAGAAAUAUACCGCACACAUGGAAAGUCUUAGUUCUGAGAACUCUCGCCAGCACUUCCGGAGCUUCCACUAUCGUGAAGCAGCUGGACCUCGUGAGGCUGUUGACCAACUUCAGGAAUUAUGCCGUCUAUGGCUGAGGCCAGAGAUACACUCAAAAGAGCAGAUCUUGGAACUCCUGGUGCUAGAGCAGUUUCUGACUAUUCUGCCCCGGGACACCCAGAAUCGGAUAAAGAAGCACCACCUACAGAGCAUUGAGGAGGCUGUGGCCUUAGUAGACCACUUGCAGAGUGAAUCCAGUCAAACAAGGAAUGGGGUUGCUAUCCAGGAGCUGGGAACGGAAGCAGUGCUCUUGGAAGAAACAGCAGAGGCCUCAGGCUUCAGGCUGACGCCAACGGAGUCCCAGCCGCCAGUGGGCACAUCCCAGGAUGAAGAAUUUUGGAAUAAAUACCAGGAUGUACAGGAAGAGCUGAGCAGAAAUACUCAUAAAGAAACUGAGCCUGUGUGUGAGAGGGCUUUGCCUAUUCACCAGAUCCUUGCCUUACCUGAGCAGACAAACACCAAAGACUGGACAGUGGCAUCCGAGCUCGUCUUGCCUGAGUCCCAGAGCCUGUUGACGUUUGAAGAAGUGGCCGUGUAUUUUUCCCAGGAAGAGUGGGAAUUACUGGAUCAUAGUCAGAAGGCCCUCUACAAUGAUGUCAUGCAGAAAAACUAUGAGACUGUCAUUUCUCUAGCUGUGCCUGCUCACCAGACCCUUGCCUUUCCUGAGCAGACAAACACCAAAGACUGGACAGUGGCAUCCGAGCUCGUCUUGCCUGAGUCCCAGAGCUUGUUGACGUUUGAAGAAGUGGCCGUAUAUUUUUCCCAGGAAGAGUGGGAGUUACUGGAUCCCAGUCAGAAGGCCCUCUACAAUGAUGUCAUGCAGAAAAACUAUGAGACUGUCAUCUCUCUUGCCAUAUUUGUGCUUCCCAAACCUAAGGUGAUCUCCUGUCUAGAGCAAGGGGAAGAGCCAUGGGUUCAAGGAUCCCUGAAUUUCAAGGACAGUCCUCAAGAGCUGCCUGCAGGGUUAAAUCUCAAAAAUAACACUGAAAAUCAUCAGCCAAUAUGCCUUUCUGACUUAGAAAUACAAGCACCAGGAGACAUAAUAUCAAAAAAGGCCAGAGUGAAAGUUCCCCAGAAAACAACAGGCAAAGAAAAUCAUAGUGAUACGCACAGGGUGGGGAAAUGGCCCCGAGAUUUUCCAGUGAAGAAAAGAAAGAAACUUUCAACCUGGAAACAGGAACUGCUAAAACUCAUGGUUCGUCACAAGAAAGAACGUGCAGGAGAGAAGCCUUUUAAAUGCCAGGAAUGUGGGAAAAGCUUCAGAGUUAGCUCUGACCUUAUUAAGCACCAAAGAAUUCACACUGAAGAGAAGCCAUAUAAAUGUCCACAGUGUGAUAAGAGGUUUAGAUGGAGUUCAGAUCUUAAUAAGCACUUAACGACACACCAAGGGAUAAAACCAUAUAAAUGCUCAUGGUGUGGGAAAAGCUUCAGUCAAAAUACAAAUCUCCACACACACCAAAGAACUCACACUGGAGAGAAGCCCUUUACAUGUCAUGAAUGUGGAAAGAAAUUCAGUCAGAACUCCCACCUUAUUAAACACCGGAGAACCCACACAGGUGAGCAGCCUUAUUCCUGUAGUAUAUGCAGGAGAAACUUCAGCAGGCGGUCAAGCCUUCUUAGACACCAGAAACUCCACCAGUAAAGGGAAGUUUGUCCAGUGUCCUCAGUCUCAAGAAAUUUACCAAGUGGAUUUUGAUCCUAAAGUUUAUAAAAAAAAUACAAAGUUAUGAAGUAUGAAGAAUUUUCCACCAGUGGAUAAUUUCAGGUAUAAAUAUGUUUCAUAGAAAGGGAUCAAGGUUGAAUCUGCAGGGGAUGUACUAACGUACUACUUUUUGUUUUUACUUAUAACCUUCAGGGAAUUUCUUUGCAAGAGAGAUGUUCUAAGAACAUUUUGAAUAAUGGGAAAAGGUUUUGGAAUUAUACCUGGCAAAAUAGCAAAUUCAGCUUCAAAUAGCAGAUGCAGCCAUGAAUCUGAUAAUCAGUCUUCAGUGGUCACAGAGGUAAAUAGUGUAGGUUUUGCAUUGAUCUCCCCAGCUACUCUUAAACACAUGAUAGAAACAUUUGUAGCAUGGUCUUUCAUAACAUAAGCAAUAAUAUACUUGUUUUAUUGCAUUCCAUUGAUUUCAAGGUAGCAGGCUUACCAAUUUCACUAGUCUCAUGGGGAAGAAAUGACUUUUAAUGUAAAAUUUUCCAAGAACCAAAUUGGAAUUUCUUUGUCUUUCUUGUUCUUGGAUAUCAUCUGAGUUCCUUCUUGAACUUUUUAGCAACUUGAGCUUUUGAAUCAUAUUAGUGCAAUUUUUAUUGUGCUAAAUCAUAGUUACUCCACCACUAGGGUAUCUGCCAGAUAACUAAUAAUGCACUAUCUUAUGCCUCUCAUGGGUGCUCUAACAAAAAUGAAAACAUUUCUAAUGAGAUCAUAUGGAAACAGGUUUGAACUUUUAGCCACAGAAUGUGUAUUAGGUAUAAAGAAGAAUUUUCUGCUGUAACAAAGUAGAUUUUCCUUUCUUCACAAUGGUAAUAGGAUGAAAUGCCAUAAAAAGUAGCACUUUCCCAAGGCCUGAAAGAAAUUAAGGGAAGUUCAGAAUUAACUCCUCAGUUUUUUCAUUGCUUGCUUUUUCAUUGGGGUUUUGUUUGUUAAGAAUCAGAAGAGAGUUUUACAUUUGGGAACUGGAGUGUGUGCUGCAGGCAGGAUCCUUGGUUCACUGAGCAUGCUCACCUGGGAAUCCAGUCAGCAGGAGACUAAGUUUCCAAAGGAAAGUUUUGGGAACUGAUGCUGAGUAGUCAGCAAAAGUUGGCGAAUCCACAUCCAUGUUGGUUGACGUACAAGACUGUAGGUAAACUAUUAAACAGACAGGAUCUAUCGGUGUAUUUGCUCCAGCCGACCAUUUAGCAGUAGCGUUAGGUGAUAAGUUUGAUAUACUGCUGAAAAUCUCUCUAGGCUGUGAUUUUUCUUAUAUAACUCAUCCUUUAUCUGUAACAGUGACUCAGAUGUGUUUCUACCAUGUUUUCCUGAAAAUAAGACCAAGCCGAACAAUCAGCUCUAAUGUGUCUUUUGGAGCAAAAAUUAGUAUAAGAGCCAGUCUGAUGGUAAAAUAAGACUGAGACUUAAUAUUAAGAAGAACCACAACAUCAAACCAGUGUGGAAUGCUGAGUCCUCACAUGUCAGGUUAGCUGUUCUGGCCAGACAUAUAAUGGACUUUGUGGGAAUGAGAAAUAAAUUGUUGCGUUUAACCACUGAGAUGUUGGUGCUUUGUGUUUCUGCAGUAUAACCUAGUCUGCCGUAAUAGAGGUGGCUAUUCUACUAGAGCUUCAGAAUGGUUUUUUUUUUUCGUUCCACUUGGCCUUUGGCCCUAGAAGUCUAGAUUCCUCUAGAUCCUCCCCUGAACUGGUGUAACACUGAUGGGAACACUUAGGAGCUUACAAGACUGUAGGUGAUAUUAAAGAAAGACUGGUUGCUUACCAGGGAAUAAAUCCAGGGGAGUUCAAGUGGACAAGGCAACCUUUUCUCCUCCCUUUGUGACCUUAUUCCUCUUGUUCUCUGUGUCCUUGUGCUCCACUGCCGCACAAACACAAGGUGUGAUUUUUGAUCCAUGGGCUCAGAAGAGGGUAGGGGUUGCCUUUUAUUCCUCAUGUGAGUACAAUAGACUUCAAGCAAUGAUUUGGUAACUACCCUUGUAGUACCUUCUGUGAGUUGUGCCUCAAAAAACAUGGGACACAGGACAGAAGCAAAUUUUCCAGAUGUAGAGAGGAAGGUGGCUGCUCUUCCUGGAUUAAGGGAUGACAGUUAAGGAGAAUCUUGGUCAGGAAAGCAGGAGCAGGAUACUUCAUUUGGUGAGUGAGAAGCCUCCAGUGGGAACGUCCAAGCUUAGCCAAUAACCACCAGCACAUUGUCUUACUACUUCUGCUUGGAAUUUUGGGAGGACAUGUGGAAGUUGGAAGAAGAAACUUCUAUAGCUUCAUCACAGGGAUGAGAAUAGAUUACUCAAAAAAAAAAAAAAAAAAACCAUAAAAUCAAAAUCUAUUGAGGCUUGUUUUGAAAAUGAUAUUGGAGACACAAUUCUUUGUCUAGUCUCCAGACAACUCUAGUAUUAGAGUUCUCACAAAUGUGUCCUCCAUAACCAGAAGAUUUCUAGGACAAACUAGGAGGUCCUUUAUUUUAGUUUUUUCAGAUAACAGUCUUACAAUCGCUCCAAGGUUGUUUCUGAGUGCUGUAUCAUUGACCCAGGCUAGCCCCCAAAUCCUCAACCCCUUCUCUGCACAGGUCUCUGUGGCCACAAUGCUGGGACCAUCCCAGAUCAGAGGUCUCCCAGCCAUUAAGUACACCCUGGAACCUCAAGCUGACCUUGAGAACCUCAGCUAUCUUUUAACUGGAGGGGCACAGCAGGAGGAGAGCUUGGAAUAAAUCUAAAACAAACUAGGGUUUUGAUCAGUUUUUGGAACAAUGAGAACAGUUUCAUUCCCCUGGAGAGCUUGAGAGGAAGGAUGCUAAGCAGUCUUUUAUAUCCAACUGGACAGUUGGGAUAAUAAAAGAUUUAAACUUCAUAAAGGAUUUUUUUAAGCACUCACUGAAUCACUCCACUGACAAGUGCUUACUGAGCACUUUCUGUGGUUCCACUCUUGUACCAGGCUACCUGUUUUUUUUUCAAGGGCUUUGCCUUUACUGUUUAGAGUGGAUUCUUUGCUGCAACUCUCAAAUUUUUUGUGUGGGUUCUCUCUUGUAUGCAGUCUCUGAAGGUCCCUCAAGUAAGAAAUGUUGAAGCUUUACCCACACUCUUCCUGGGUUCUUUCCAAACAAGUACACAAGCAUAUUGUUAACUGAAUCUUUUCCACAUUUGUCACUAUUAUAGUUCCUUGUGUGGGUUCAGUGGGGAGCAAGGCCAGAGCACCAUUUGAAGCAUGUACCAAACUCGAUAUAAGUAUAGAGUUUCUUUCAUGUCUGACUUCUCCAAUGGGCAAUGAUACUGUCAAGCAUCUAUAAGGCUUUCCUCCUGUAUGAUUCACCCAUAUCUGAUGCUUGUACUUGAAGCAGUCUCCCCCCACCUUCCACCCCCGCCAUCUACCUCAUGAGAGGAAUUAAGCAAGCAAGAUCUUGUCUUACAUUGAGUUUCACAUUUAGGAAAACUAUCAGAAUCACUUCUCUUUUCUGCCAUAUUUGAUGAUGAAUCUGAGUUGCAACAAUCUUUAACACUAACACAAAAAAUUAAGCUUUAUACUAUUUGGAUACACUGCACUUGUAAGGGAAAACUUAGCUACUUAUUGUUAAAUUUUUCCAACCAAUGGAUAUAUUUCCAACAUCAUAAUUUUCACACUAAGCAUUUGUCCAUGACUCAUAAACCACUGAACAGAAAGUACCAUCACCCUCAAUUAAAUGUUAACCUCUUGCCUGUUUCCCCAUGGGCCAGGAAUCCCUUUGCAGCGUCUUCUUAUUCUCAGGAUGAACUCCACUUUUCCUCUGGAUAACUCCUUGGAGUUCACCAGGGUGGUCUGCCCUCCAAAAUCAUUUCUAGUCCCUGUACACAAUCUGGGACCUGGAAAUGGUCCUUCAGAUAACCUUUCUCAGGAUCAAAGGGGUCUGAGAUUUACAGGAGAAUAACUUCAAUUUUGCAUUCCUAUCAGCAAUGAAUGAGAGUUCCUGUUGCUCCACAUCCUUGUCAGCGUUACUGGAUUUUCACCAUUCUGAUAAUUGUAUAGUGGUAUCUCAUCUGUUUAAUUUGCAAUUACCUAAUGACAGGACGUAGAGCAUCUUUUUAUAUGCAAAUGUAUCUGUGUACCUUCUCUGGUUAGGUGUCUGUUUAGA